CCGGGCUGGACUUCGCCUUCGGCGGGGCCGCGGGGAGCCGCACCGGAGGUCUGUCCUGACCUGUGUUCUCUCAGGCUCUGGCCUGCGUGGAGGAUGUGAGUGGGGCUGAGUCAGGAGCCACUGGAAGCAUGGAGACUGUGGUGAUUGUCGCCAUAGGUGUGCUGGCCACCGUCUUCCUGGCCUCGUUUGCAGCCUUGGUGGUGGUUUGCAGGCAGCGCUAUUGUCAACCCCGAGAUCUGCUGCAGCGCUAUGAUUCCAAGCCCAUUGUGGACCUCAUCGGUGCCAUGGAGACCCAGUCUGAGCCCUCUGAGUUAGAACUGGAUGAUGUUGUUAUCACCAAUCCUCACAUCGAGGCCAUUUUGGAGAAUGAAGACUGGAUCGAGGAUGCUUCGGGUCUCAUGUCGCACUGCAUCGCUAUCUUGAAGAUUUGUCACACUCUGACAGAAAAACUCGUUGCCAUGACGAUGGGCUCAGGGGCUAAGAUGAAGACCUCAGCAAGUGUCAGCGACAUCAUUGUGGUGGCAAAGCGGAUCAGCCCCAGAGUGGACGAUGUCGUGAAGUCGAUGUACCCCCCACUGGACCCCAAGCUUCUGGAUGCAAGGACCACUGCCCUGCUCUUGUCUGUCAGUCAUCUGGUGCUGGUGACCAGGAAUGCCUGCCAUCUGACUGGGGGUCUUGAUUGGAUUGAUCAGUCACUGUCUGCUGCCGAGGAGCACCUAGAAGUCCUUCGAGAGGCAGCCCUGGCUUCGGAGCCAGAUAAAAGCCUCCCUAGCCCUGAAGGUUUCCUGCAGGAGCAGUCCGCCAUUUAGUCCUGUAGGCCAGCAGGGGGCCAUGAGGGCCAUCCUGCUUCUCUGCUGGGUGGCUCAGCUGUGCCUUCUUCUUCCUGUAGAGUUAGUUGUUUUCUGGGGCUCAGGAGUCCAGCCAUGUGUGCAGAGGGAAGCAGGGAGCUCUGGCUGUGUGUGCUUCUGUUGCAGUGGCAGAUGACGGCUGGAGUGUGGCAGCCUAAUACCAUGGUUAAGGAGAUGUUGCUCACUACCUGUACGGCAGCGUGAAAAACUGGCGGGCUGUCGGCUUGAUUUAACUCACCUAAUGUUUUCAAGAAAAUUCAGCUGCCCUCUUAAGAAUCAGAGGUUUCACAUGAAAAUCAAGAUUUGUGGCUUCUUUUGAACAAUCAGAGCUGUGACAGUUUGCACCAGCAUUUUCAGAGACAAUCAAAAUUUAAGAAGGAGAGGUCGCUUCUGUUAGACUCUUCUCCCACUGGCCUGGUUUGUUUUAUUUAUGUUAGUUUACCCUCCUGGUCCAUAAGGCAUCUUGAGUCCUCCUUCCCUUUAUAGGUCUGGAUUUGAAGCUCAGCAUUAUAAAGUUGAUUGUCACCCCCCUCCCUUUUUUAAUCAUUAUGCCUACAAUGUUACCUUGCUACCACUAAGUGAAUAGUAAAUUUAUACUUCUGUUUUC